AUGCCAGGUGGAUCUAAAGAGUAUGAUGAAAUCCCAUGUUCAAAUGAUGAAGAAAUGAAACCAUCAAAGGUAUUUAUUACAUUUUAUUAUAUAUAUUCAUUUUAGUUAUUCAAACUUUAAAUAGAUAUUUAAUUUAAGAUUCUGAGUGGAGUGAGGAAUGUAUUGGUUUUACAAAGAUGUUUAUUUUUUUUUAUUUUUCUGUGAAUAACUUUUAACUAGAAAUUUUACUCUGAUUUUCAAGUGUAGCACUUUUUCUGAAAGGAAAUUUGACUUGGGUGGUACUUUAGUGUGAUCAUUAUUUUGAUUUUCCCAGUUUUCAUAAUAUAUGGUGAAAAUGGGAAAAUUUACAAAAUAUAUUAUCUAGUUUAAAAUCAUAAAUAUUACGACCCUACAAACAUGUAAUCGAACUCCGCUCAGAAUCGUUUUUUUUACCAAAUAUUAAUCGUAGCCUACAGAUAUACAUUAAAUUACCCUCUUUAUCCCAUUUUCCUAACUUCUAAUCCACAAUAGUGGCCUAUCCAUUGUGCGAAGUAUGUCUGUACCUUUUUUUUGUAUAUUUCUUAUUUAAUUAUAGAGUUCUUAUAAUGAAAAAAGUUCACUUUUGGAUAAGUCAGCUAAAACUUCAAUAACAACAAGAAAAUGGACUCAAUAUUUAGCUGCAUUAAUUGGUAAGUAUUUAUGUUCAGCUAAAUAGUUAAAAAAAAAAAAUAUUUAUUAUUUUUUAUAUUUAUAACAGUAACUAUUGGGGGAUUUAUCAUGGGCACAACACUUGGUUGGACAUCUCCAGCUGGUCCAAUGAUGAAAAACAACCAAUAUAAAUUUCACGUGGCUGAAGAAAAUGUUUCAUGGAUUGCUUCGUUUAUGGCCCUUGGUGCCAUGAUUGGAUGUCCAGUUAUGGCAGUACUAGUGCAUAAAUUGGGAAAUAUAAAACUAAUGAUUAUAUUAACUGUACCUACAUUAUUGGGUUGGACAAUGAUAAUAUGGGCCAAAUCUGUAAGUAUAAGCAACUUUCAAUAUUUAUUAUUCUUUAAUCACUUUUUUGAUUUGAAAAUCAUCAUUUAAGGUGACAUGGAUAUAUGUUGGCAGGAUUUUAACUGGAUUUGCUAGUGGUUCUUAUUCCGUUAUUGUACCACAAUAUACUUCAGAAAUAGCUGAAAAAGAAAUCCGCGGUACUCUAGGUACCUAUUUCCAGCUACAAGUUUUUUCGGGAAUCUUAUUUACCUAUUUUAUGGGAUCAUAUGUAUGUGUAUAUUUUUAAUUUCAUCAAGUAUUUGUGUUAAAUGUUAUGUUUUUUUUUAUAUAGUUAAAUGUAUUUGGAUUGUCCUUUGCUUGUGCAAUAGUUCCAAUAAUAUAUAUAAAUUUAUUAUUUUUUUUACCCGAAAGUCCAAUGUUCCACCUUAUAAAGGGCGAUGUAAACAAGGCUGUAUUAUCAUUGAAUUUCUUCUAUGGAUCUCAUGGUCAAGUGGACCAUGAAUUAUAUAUUUUGCAGAAGUCGUUGACUAAAGUACAAAUUAAUAUUUUAUAGAGUAUCUAAUUAUUAAGUAUAACAAAUGUAAAUAGAUAAUUUUAUUUUUGUAUAGACUAAAAAUGAAAGACUUACAAUCUUACAAGCAUUCCAAACUACGGCAGCUAAACGUGGGUUAUUCUUAGGAAUUGGAAUUAUGAUUUUUCAACAGUUUACUGGAGCCAAUGCUGUUAUUUUCUAUACUACAACAAUAUUUGAUGUAAACUUAUUAAUAUUGCAACUAAUUUAAAUGAUUAAUUUAUAAUUAUAAUUCAAUAUAGGCAACCGGUAGCACAAUUUCAUCAAAUACAUCCACAAUCAUUGUUGGUGUCAUGGCAGUACUGUCUACAUAUUUUUCUACUCUUGUCAUUGAUAGAUUGGGAAGAAAGAUUUUACUUUUGUAUUCUGUUGUUGCAAUGGGAAUUACAACAUUUCUCAUUGGUGGAUUUUUCUAUGCAAAGGAUACCUUUUAUGAUGUUUCAUCGAUUGGAUAUGUCCCAUUGGUGUCAUUGUGUGUAUUUAUAGUCAUGUUCUCUAUUGGUUUCGGUCCCAUUCCAUGGAUGAUGAUGGGAGAAAUAUUUCCAACUCAAAUUAAAGGUAUGCUAGGUGUAACAUAAGUACUAUUUAAACGGAUCAUAGUUCUAUUAUAUUUUUAAUAUUCCAAGUUUUUAAUAUGUAUCAUAUAUUUGUUUUAGGUAUUGCUAGUUCAAUAGUUUGUAUGUCCAACUGGUUUUUUGUUUUCUUGGUCACCAAAUUCUACUCAUCAUUAGUAUCUGCUAUUUUUAUAUACAAUACAUUCUGGUUAUUCACAUUGUUUUGUGUGGUAGGCACAUUUUUUGUGAUUUAUUUUGUUCCUGAAACUAAAGGUAAAACUAUAGAUGAGAUUCAAGAAUUGCUCAGUGCAUAA